AUUUGAAAGACAAAAUGGAAAAUGUGAAAAAGAAAAAAGACGUAAAAUUAAAGAAAUAAAAGAGGAAAAUAUAAUCAAAAAACAAAAAGACCCAUAAACAACAACAAAUUCAAUCAAACAGCUUCCUGCUUCCCCGGAAUUUGCCGCAAUACCGGCCAUGGAAGACGAUGACCCAGAACCCAUCUCGGCUUCCAAAUUCCAGCCGCCGAAUUUCGUAACCCUCUCCCCAUUUUCCCCGACGGUUUCACCUUCUCCGCGCCGGCUUUCAAGCUGCUUCCUAGAGCCCAAUCGGCCGAUAAGGGCGGGAAGACAGCUUGCUUGGGUGUCUCUGCAAGGGCGGCUGAUUGGAGCCGAGGAAGCCAGUUCUGCGAAGUCGAUUACACGGGGAAAUGGGUCGGUGUUAAGCCCGGAAGAGGCUAUUUCCUGGGAACUUUUCACCCCCAUUCACAGAAUCCUUAUCGUGGCCGUAAUAGCGGUGGCUUCGGCGAACUGCCAGAGGAAUAAGGAGAUUAUUCGGUUGAAAAAAGCGGUGGAAUUAAGGGAUCAGGUGCUUACGCGCAUGCAAGAGAAGCUAGAUAUUCUGUGUGAGCAGAUUAGUUAUUUCAAGGAUCAGCCUGAGCCAGCAUCUGAGAACUAUGGCUGUCAAUUUUGUUUGAAACAUAAAUACAGACCUUGUAGCUUGGAGGAUAAUGCAGUAAAGACAUCAAAAGGUGAUGAAUUGUUAAAGUACAAGUUGCUACCGACGUGUGAGGCAGAACCAGAGGAGCGACGCAUGUCUGAUCUUUCUGAUUGGGCUCCUAGUAUUCAGUCCUCUGUAGAUUAUCAGAUGAACUCCUCAGUACUGGAUCAAGAUAUCUACAAUCUCAGGAGAGAAUGUGAAGAGAAAGAUUCUACCAUAAAGGAGCUGUCUACUUUUAUUCGCUCAUCAGAAGUUCUUGGCUCCAAGAGGAUUGGAGAGUUGGAAGACUUAAUACGUAGGAAGAAUACGAUCAUUACCAAACUUAAGAAGGAUAUGAUGGUGCUCGAACAAAAGGUGGUAUACCUCACAAGAUCUCGUCGGCCCUCUUUCUCUACUUCAAUCUCAAAUGAGAGGCAGCUCCCGGCCAUGGUCGAUAACCUCCUCUACUAUAUGGACAGCAGUACUAGCCCUUCGUCCUCAGAUUCAGAUACCCCGUCUAGAAAUGAACCAGAUCCUACCGCUAUUAGUCAACAAGUUCUUAAAAUUCAGGGCUGUGCACAAGAAGCCAGAAAAAUUGGACAGGCUAGAAACUCUGAUCACCUAACAAACAAUACCCAAAAGUUUCAAACUCCUAGUCCAUUGAAGGAAAAAUCAUUAAACCUGACGACCAAUGUGGAUUCUGGUUCGAGGAGAGAGAUGACUUCAUCAUUCAGUCAUUCUAGGAGUAGGCGACGGGCUCCAGCCAGACCUAGGAGUGCAAGUACCCAGAAAAGAUGGGUUUAGCAAGUAUUUUUAUCAUGGAAAAAUUUCACCUAAGAGUGUAAGUACCCAGAAAAGCUAGGUUUAGUAACUGUAAUUGCUUAGAAUGUAAAUGUUGGAUUCUCUGCUGUUAGUUUAGGAUAUCUUUCUCUAUCUUUUGAGUAACUGUUCUUUAGGAUAAUUCUUCUCUAUAUUUUGAACUGCUUGAUCCGAAAACAUCUACUCCAUCUUAACAUUCCUUUGAAGUUUGAACGGAUGGGUUUGAAGGAGUUUAGGGGGGACACAGUUCUGCCCUUUCUGUUAGUGAUUUUGAUGAUGCUGGCGUAAUUUUGCUCGCUGCCCAUGGCCUAAUUUUGCAGUGGCUGGCGAAAAUAGCAAUUCAUA